AUGCCUGCGGAGCUCGUGGGCGCUUCCUAUCGCUGCUCCACCUGCGGCCAAGAGCUUGCUGAGGCGGCGUCCUUGCUACCAGCAUCAGAUUCGCGCGUGGUGCCUUGCUCCGGGAUCUCCGCACACAGCUGCGAAGUCGCUGGCAAAAGAACGCUGCUUUUCUCCACCUGUCAGUCCUUCGUCAUCAACCCAUUCCCGCGACGCUUCGAGCUUGUGUUGGUGGAAAAGAUCAUUGCCAGAGCCGCCACGGAAAUAGGCCCAGAGGCGAUGCUGGAAAAUAGCUGGUUCGAGGGACAUGCUCACCGGGUGCUUGUGUGCACUCAGUGCGAGGAGCACAUUGGUUGGAGCUAUAAGAGUCGGCAUGGUGACAUGAUGUAUGGCUUGGCGCUGAGCGUCUCCAAGUUCUGGGCGUGGCUUUGCCUCUGUGCUUUGGUCGCUUUCGCGCUUUACCAGGUGGCUGCUGGCGGCCAUGUCUUGGUAGCAGCAGCAACGCUGCUCAUCGCACUUCUGAAGUUGUCGCCGCACCUUCUCCUUUGA